AUCAGUGCUGAGGAGCACGCGCCGGACGUGUUUAUUGUACGCCGUUGUUUAGUCUGCGCGUGCAUGUCCGACAGAAAUGAAGGAGAAACACUGACAGGUUUGUGCACAGGUUAGUACGCUAAUGCCCGAGUAAAGUUCCGGAAAAAAAGAUUAGCCGAGUACACCAUACACACGUCUCCAGAAGAGCCACGGUCUGUGCUGGACGGUCUGUGAAGUCAGGGCGCUCGGAUGGUGUGUGAGUGAUCGGGAUGACUAAAACCCCCGGUAGCGUUGCUCCAUGCGUCGGCGAUAUGAUCCACAGCUCCCACUGGCCGACCCAAGCCGCGCAGCACACCGAGCAGCAGAGCCGUGUUGUCGGCCUGUGUGUCGCUCCGCCUGAGCUGCCUGUGACUGGACAACCGCCUGUGGCCCAAACCGAACAGAAGCUCAAGCACGUGAGCAAUAGGGGACUUUCCUGCGGUUCUCAGGCCGAUGACGAGUCUCUGUGCUCGGACAGCGGCUGUGGCGGUUCCGUCGCCUCUUCUCCCGGGCAGAGGAAGCUCUCAGACUGCUCUUCCCCGGGCGCUUCUCCCACCUCCGUCUCUGACCCGUGUGAGCGCUUCAGUGGCAGUAACGAGGAGCAGGACACGGCGACUCGGAGCGAGACGGAGGAGAGUAAAAACAUUCAAGGCACCACAUCAGAAGAUCAGAAGUGCUCUUCCUGGUUCCAAGUGGUUGGCCAUGAAGGUAGUUUUCAGGCAGUCAGUGAUGGGGAGCUGCUGAAGAAGUACUGUAAAAAUGAGGAGGAGUGUCUGAAGCUGUUGAUGCAUGAUGUGCUCCGUCCCUUUGUGCCAACAUACUAUGGGGUGACCAAGCAAGAUAAGCAAAAGUACAACCACAUGGAAAACCUGCUCUCAUCUUUUGACUCGCCGUGCAUUAUGGACUGCAAAAUGGGAAGCCGGACCUACUUGGAGGAGGACCUGGAAAAUGAUGAGACUCCUCAGCCUCGUAAAGACUUGUAUAAGAAAAUGAUUGCGUUGGACCUAGAGGCUCCGACUGCAGAGGAAAAAGCCCAGCAAGCCGUGAUUAAAACCAGAUACAUGCAGUGGAGAGAGGCUCUCAGCUCCACAAUCACACUGGGUUUCCGUAUCGAGGGCAUCAAGAAAUCAGACGGCACCUGUAACACCGAUUUUAAAAAGACAAAGUACAAGGAGGAGGUGAUUAAGGCGCUAGAUGACUUUGUCGACCGUGAUGUCUUUCUGCUGACAAGUUACCAAAAGAAAUUAAAGGAGCUACGGCUGUUGCUUGAGAAUUCUGACUUCUUUAAAAAGCACGAGGUGGUGGGAAGCUCGCUGCUGUUUGUCCACGACCGGCGCGGCGGUCUUGGUGUGUGGAUGAUUGACUUUGGAAAGACUACUAAGGUGCCUUCUGAUCUCGUGAUAGACCAUCGCAGGAAGUGGGUGCCUGGUAACCAUGAGGACGGCUACCUCUGGGGCCUGGACAAUUUAAUUAACAUUUUCACUGAAAUGAUUUCUUGCAAUAAGAAACUCUUAAGUAAAUGAACUCUUAAGUAAAUGUAAAAGUGUAAAUAGCCUUUUAUUUUAUUUUUAAUAGUGUUUAUAUUUUAUGAAAUUUUUAUUUUUUCAUUGAAGAUGGAACCAGAAACUUUUUUUUUUUUUUAAGUACUGGAUAAAAUAAUUUGUACUAUAGGUUUCAGGUUUUCCAGUGCUGUUUUUAUGUUUAAAUCUGACACUUUUACCAUUAUUUUGCAACCGAUGUUAAUCACAGGUGCUUGCUACUGUUGCACCAAUUUAGGAAAAGAAGCAUUUAUUUAGAUUUUUGAUUGUUUAUGCAAUCGUACCGUGACCUGUGCUGUACUCCACAUUCCUAGAUUUUACUUGUAAGAAAGAUGUCCUCAAUGACCAGAAAUCUGUAUACCGCAUUGUUGAGUUCAAUCUGAGUGAUUUUGUAAUUUAAGACCCUACAUUAAGCUAGAUUUGUCCAUUUACUUAACAUGUAUAGUUUGUGUUUAAGUCUUGUUUCCUACUGACUAAAUGAUCAUAAUUCUGUGAUUUACAUUACUGUGAAUUGGCCUGUUCUGGUUCCGGAUACCACUACAGAUUUCUAUGCUGUAAUUUUAUCGUGUUGAUUUUAUUGUCGGCACAAUAAAUGUAAACUGGUGGUGGUAUUUA